AUGGCGCUCGAGGGGCCCAAGCUUAUUGCAGCGCUAGGCAAAGAAUUGGCUAAUGGCGGCGCGAUUGCGAAUAUCGAGCUGAUCAACUCUUUACCCGCGAGUCCCAAAGCUGCAGCUCAGCAGGCCUUCUACAAAUCACUACGAACAAUAUGGAUUAUGUACGUCGCUUUUGCUGAUGCGGGUCUCAUCGCUGGCUUCUUCGUGGAUGCGCAACACCGCAACGAAGAACACGAAGUAGUUGCUCUUGGCGUCCGCAACGAUAACGGUCGCGUUCGAGCUCAGGAGCCUGUAGAUUUAUCGCGGUUGCGAUUCGCUGAUCCUUAUCGGAUAUCAGGUUAUGGACAGUGGCAAGAAAUGACACUAGCCUACGUCAUCGGGUAUGGAUAG